AUGGCUGUCGUCACUCCCAUUAUUCCGCCGCCGCCAGGAGUGAGCUCAAAUUUUGACCACCCGACAGAUGUUUUACGAACGGUAAACCUUGUGACGCAGUACUUGACUAUAGCAGUUGUCACAAUCUUUGUCGCGACUCGUCUCAUCAUCAAAUAUUACCGCUACUCCAGGUUUGACAUUGAGGAUUAUGCUACUACCAUUUCAUGGCUAUUCUUCAUGGGAUACUGCAGUUGUGUGGCACUUCUUUCAUAUCAUGGCGGUGGAUACCACGCCUGGGAUGUCCCUCAACCCGAGCAACGGGAAUUCCUCAAGAUCUCAUAUGCUAUCACGAUUCUCUACGUUCCAAUGGCAUUCUCUGUGAAAGUGGCACUGCUAGCCAUCGUCAUCCGAAUCUUCAAUCCGGAUCGCAAGAAGGUUCUCGGCGUCUACGUGAUCUUGGGAGCACUCCUGUUAUAUUAUAUUCCAGCUAUCUUUUUGAAGAUUUUCUUUUGUAUUCCCAUCUCGGGCUACUGGGAAGGGCCGGCCAGCGGAGCCAAAUGCUUAAAUCAACAAAACUUGAUUACUGCAGACGCGGUCAUCAGCAUGGUCAGCGACUUCGUAAUUCUCGUCCUACCAUUGCCGUUGACGUGGAGCCUUCACAUUAGAAAAACCAAGAAACUGCGGGUUAUUGGCAUCUUGGGAGCCGGAGGUGUUGCCACCGCGUUCAGCGUUUGGAGGCUUGUCAUAAUGGUUGAGCAAGGCGCUUCAACCAAUCUCACUAUCGUCUUUAUUCGAAUCGUGCUCACCGGCAACGCGGAGGCUGGCAUUGGCUUGAUCUGUGCCUGUUUGCCAGUCAUAAGCUCCUUUUAUACCUAUCGCAAGAAGAGCUCAAGCGAAGUCCACCAGAGCCCCGCCCAAAGUUACGAACUCUCCAGCUGGCAGAAAAUCUCAGCGAAUGCGAAAUACCCCCCCCGAAAUCGCGAUUAUCCGAAUCUAUCGCCAGAUCAAGCAGGGUUAAUCUGCACCGUUGAAGCGGCCACAACGCAGUCAGCUGUUGAAGACUCGGGCGCGAGCAACUGUUCUCGAGAGAAUACAAUGAAUCAUGGCGGAAUUCACAAAAGUGUUCAUGUUGUGGUUACAGGUGAAAGGGAAAAAUAUUAG